AGUCCGCAAGAGGGGUUCCUCUCGGCAAGUCCUGCUUCCAGCAUGCUCAGUGGUCCUGAAUUACCUCAGGAAUUCAAAAGGAUGUCUUCCAAGAGACCAGCCUCUCCGUUUGGAGAAACAGAUGGAGAGGUAGCCAUGGCGACAAACAGACAGAAAGUAGAAGAGGGAGAAAGUGACGGACACUCUGCUUUUCACCUGCCUCUUCCUCCAAGCUUUUCCAACAGCCUUCACACAGAGGAGCUACACACACCGUCCACAUUGACCAGAGAGACUUUAUCUUGUGAGAGUCCAGCGUCUCUGCAAGACUCAGUGGAUCAUGACGGCAAUAAAGCAGCCUCUCUAUUCUCGACACACAACUCAUCUACCUCACCUCUGAAGACUGAAGAAGGGGCUCGACAGAGCAGCGAGUCAGGGUCUGGCACGGCGCUGGGUACCCCAGAGAGGCGCAAAGGCAGUCUGGCUGACGUAGUGGACACACUGAAACAAAAGAAAAUGGAGGAGCUAAUCAAGAGUGAACCCGAGGAAACUCCUAGCAUCGAGAAACUUUUAUCAAAAGACUGGAAGGACAAGCUUCUAGCCAUGGGUUCUGGAAAUGUCGGGGAGAUUAAAGGGACACCAGAAAGUCUAGCAGAGAAGGAACGGCAGCUCAUGGCGAUGAUAAAUCAGUUGACGAGUCUGCGGGAGCAGUUGCUGGCAGCUCACGAUGAACAGAAGAAACUGGCGGCCUCGCAGAUCGAGAAGCAGCGGCAGCAAAUGGAACUAGCCAAGCAGCAACAGGAGCAAAUCGCAAGGCAACAGCAGCAACUACUACAACAACAGCACAAGAUUAACCUCCUUCAGCAGCAAAUCCAGCAGGUCCAAGGUCAGUUGCCUCCAUUGAUGAUUCCAGUGUUUCCUCCAGACCAGCGGACCUUGGCAGCUGCAGCAGCCCAGCAAGGAUUCCUCCUGCCUCCUGGAUUCUCCUACAAACCUGGAGGAUGCAAUGAGCCCUACCCUCUUCAGCUUAUCCCCACAACCAUGGCAGCAGCAGCAACACCAGGGCUUGGCCAGCUCCAGCUGCAGCAGUUGUAUGCAGCCCAACUUGCUGCGAUGCAGGUGUCUCCUGGAGCCAAGUUACAUGGCAUGUCGCAGGCCAGCCUGAGCAACACUCUCUCACCCAACAACAUCCAGACAGAGAAAAGCAGAAACACCCCUCCACCCAAAAGCAAGGACGAAGUGACACAGCCAUUGAACCUCUCAGCCAAGCCGAAAACGCUCGACCCCACAAAAUCGCCCGCAUCGCCAACCUCCCCCCAGAUUCCCUCCUUGAAAACGAGCACGGGACCCAGCCACCUCAAACCUGCCAUGUCCGCCACAUUGAGCGGCCCUCCCGGCCGAAUGACUUCAAUAGACAUCCUCUCCUCCAUCACAUCCUCGGGCUAUUUGAAUGACCAUGACGCCGUGGCUAAAGCGAUUCAAGAAGCCCGGCAAAUGAAGGAGCAGCUUCGGAGGGAACAGCAGGCGCUGGAUGGGAAGGUCGCAGUCAUCAACAGUCUGGGGCUAAACAACUGCAGGAUGGAAAAGGUACACGAGAAAACUUCGUUGGAAAGUCUCGCCCAGCAUCUGACUGAGAAGCGACCAGAAGAUGGGAAGUUUGGACAUGCAAUGGUGGACUUCAGCGUGGGUGGAGAAUCAGAUGGAAAUGCGGGUGUGUCUGAACCCAGGAUCUAUAGGGAAGCUCGAGGCCGGAGCAGUAACGAGCCCCAUAUUAAGCGGCCAAUGAACGCGUUCAUGGUCUGGGCCAAGGAUGAGAGGCGAAAGAUUCUUCAAGCCUUCCCCGACAUGCACAACUCCAACAUCAGCAAGAUUCUGGGCUCUCGUUGGAAGGCCAUGACAAACUUGGAGAAGCAGCCGUACUAUGAGGAACAAGCCAGACUCAGCAAGCAGCACCUAGAGAGGUAUCCAGAUUACAAGUACAAGCCACGGCCAAAGCGUACUUGUGUUGUGGAUGGCAAGAAGCUGAGGAUCGGGGAAUACAAAGCAUUGAUGCGCAACAGACGUCAAGAAAUGCGACAGUUUUUUACUGUUGGGCAGCAAGGUCAGAUCCCCAUUACCACGGCUGGAGUGGUAUAUCCUGGUGCCAUUGCUAUGGCAGGAAUGCCGUCACCUCGGAUCCCUUCUGAGCACUCGAGCAUGUCCAGCAGCCCGGAGCCCAGCAUGCCUGUCAUCCAGAGCACUUACAGCCUCAAAUCGGGGGAAGCCCAGGUGAAGGACGAGCUGAGGAUCAACGACAUGAACGGAGGGAUGUACGAUGAGUAUGAGGACGAGGACGAGGAGGACCCAGAUGCAGACUAUGGCAGCGAUGACGAAAAUCAGGUGGCAGUGCAAGCUGACUGACGGGGGAGGGGCCAGGAGCUUCCACCGGCGAUUUAAAAUCAGUCUGUCUGGUGCAUCGUACCAGGGGCCAAGCACAUUUUGACUAUCUGAUACACUGACUGUUACUUAAAACUAUUUAGUCUUAAUAAACAGGACAUAGUCAGAACUCUACUGGCUACUAGACCUCGGCCUAUGGUACAGGCAUGGGAAAAAAUGAUAAGCUAUGGGUAAAACAAUGCCAGUAAAAUCAGCUGCUAUCCCCGAGCACUGAAGUCUUACCCUCCUGAGCUUUGUCUAGACUGUCAUUCUACAAGAUUCUAUAAAUUCUCACUCAGGUACAAAGUGCCAACAAGUGGCUUGUGAAUGUGUUUUGUUGUUUAUUUUUGUGCCACAAUAAAAGGUGUUUUUUGUUUUGUUUGUGUUUUUGGAUGGAUUAAGGAAAAAAAAGUUUUUUUUCGCUCUCAAGUUACCUUUGUUUCAAAGGAAUCUAUUUUCUUGAAUAUCAACACGCUGUUGCACCCUCAUAGAGUACUUUUGUUUUUUUUUGUUGUUUGUUGCACACCAUUUCAAAAUGCAACUCUUAGCAAGUGCCAAAAUGUGUAAUUGUUGGAAUUAGUUCAUGCUCUUUCCUACAGACUAAAGCUAGGGAUAUUGUUGGGUCUUAGACAAUCCCUGACACCUUUCCAUACCAGCAGCUGUAGGAAAACUGUAGGUGCAGUUCUCAGGUGAAAGGGGGAAUAACUGAAGAUGUGUGAAACUUUAUAUUACGUGGAUUCUAUAUGUGUGUGCGUGUGUGCGUGUGUGUGGGUUCGGGUGUUACGGUACUUUAUAAGGUGUCGGAGACAGUGAUAGCAAAGCAGCGUGGGGGAAUGAAAUUCCAGGUCCUCAAAGUCCACUCCGACUCCCUCCGCCGCCAAGCUGCCAUUUCUCCCCCGCCGUCCUUUCCCAGCAGCCUCGCUGAGGCGGUCGCUUUCUUUAAUUCUCAAAGUCUUUGUUGUCUGUGUUCGAAGCACUUAAAAAAAAGGGCGUUGGGGAAAACAAACAAACAUCCAAACCCGGAAGCGAGGCUUAUUCCCGCCAGAGUUUGCCGCUUGCCAAAAACGGCGCUGAUUUUGGUGUUUGUGCAGUUUGUGAAAUGGAUACCAUACCUCCAAUGGAUUUUGGGAGUUAGAAAUUUUCUUCCUCCUCACCCAAAUAAUGCGAUUUUGGAUAAAAUGAAAAUAACAUGGCUUUGUUGUUAAAGGCGGACUAGCUGAUCAUAUACUGCAUGUCAGUGUUUAAUUUGUAUUUUUUGACUGUAUUUUUCAAUUUUAACUGCCUCUUCUUAAUAGUGUACAAUGAUGGUCAGCUAUUCCCCAGUUAGUAAGUUAUGUAUAAUUUAUUUCCUCAGUUCUAUCUAAUUGAUUGGCAAUGCAGCAUUCUGUAGCUGUAGAUAUUUAAGCCUGGUAAUUUAGAUAUAAAGUUCUUUCUUUUUUGUUCUUUAAGUCCUAGUGAUGUCAUGUUAUGAUGUUUAAUCAGCAGGCGUGAAAAUAAUUGGACUGUUUGUUGGGACUGAAAUGAGACCAUUCUCUUAAUCUCAUUUCUAUUUAAUUGUCAUGGUCAUUUAGAGCUGAUUCGCUAAAGCACUCUGUAAUGAAAAAGACAAAAAAAUUGCCGAUUUAAAAAAAAGAACCAAGUGUUUUAUAUCACUUUAUGUAAAAUGUGAAACCAGUUUUUUGUUUUCUUUCUCUCAACUGUGUGAACAAAUUUCUGACUUGUGUGGGGCUUUAGUCUCACAUUGGCUGGGCCUUUUCCACCAUUUUUUUUCGGCGCUCUGUUUAUUUAUGUGACUCUAGACUACAAGAGUACUUUGUUUUAGCUCCAGGAAGGUUUCACCAUGAUUUCAUGGCUGUGAGCCGUUUGUGAUCUAUAUGCCAACAAUGGAAACUGUGUCGGAGUUUUGUUUUUUUUUUGCUAUUUUUAAUUUUAUCCUUUUUUGUUUUUCGUUUGGAACUCUCGUUUUGCUGGCAUUUUGCAUUCUAUAAUUCCCAAUCUCAGACUACUCAGUUCUACUGAUGCUGUACUGUUUUUUAAAAAAAAAUGUAUUUAUUGGCCAUCAUUGGCUCUAAAAAUUAUUAGACACAGAUUGUGUUCAGGAAGACAAUCAAAUCGAGUGGAGCUUAAAACAAAGUAAACUGAAUCUACCAUCUCACUUGAAAUUUAAAGAAAGAUAUGUAAAUAUAACAUAGAAUUAUAGAUUUAUAUUUUGUUCAUAACACAUAGUGUAAUAUAAGUUGUAUAUUUUCAUGUUUUUUGUUUAUGUUAUCAUUCAUGCCACAAUAAAAGCAAGAGUACU